AUGGCUCCGGGAAAGGGUGCAAAAAGCGCCGUUGCCAGUGAUUUCAACGAUAUCAUCAACGCCGAUCGCCAACGCCGUAAGAAUGAAGCUCUAGCCAAGGAAGUCUUUAGCAAGGGCCGCAGAGCCAGUGCGCCAGGGGCUGGUAUAAGCAGUCGCAAGCCAAACGCGGUGCCAUCACUUGCGAGCAGAAUUGGUGUCGCAAAGCGAACCGUUUCCACCUCUACGAAGAAUACCUUCAAGCCACAACCGAGAGCAAACCCUCGACCUGCUGGGAACGUCGAUGCAGAAUGGACCCACGACCUCCACUCCCUAAACAACUCUUCAGCCUCUGGUCCUCCUCGUGGUCCAAGAGCAUCUCGCCCGAAUCGCAAGGACCAGCUCUACUCCGCGAUCAACAGCUCAGCUUCUUCGCCUGCCCUCCAUAGCCAAUUCAACAUUAUUGGGACUUCGAAGCCAGUCGGAGGAAUGUCUAUUCGGGGAUUAGCAGGACCAUAUAUAGUCAUGAUCAAGAAUCUUGCACUUGGUACUACGGUGGCAGAUGUUGAAAGUGCGAUUACACCAGUUGGGGGAGCCGUAGUGAGCUGCCAGCUGAUCGCCGAGAGGCCGAAAGUCAUUGCGGAAGUUGAGUUUGAGAACAAGGAGGGUGCAGAUAAUGUUGUAGACACACUCAACAACCAAAAUGCCGACGGAAACAUCCUCCACGUCUAUCAUAAAAUUGGCGGCGCCCCAACAGGUCCCAAAAGCUCAAAGCAACUCGCCCCACUCGGCCCUCGAGCUGACGCAACCGCGGACGACACAAGAUCAGGCCAUGCUAGCUCAGAACGAUACACCCCAAGAGAUCGCGAGCGCAGCAGGCGGGAGGAUAUAAUGGACGGUUCAUACGGCUUCGACGAUCGAAUGGAUACCGAUGAUCAAGCUCGAGGAAGCCUAUAUAGCGACAACCUGAUUGGAAACCGUGGACGAGGACGUGCGAAUAGCCGCGACAGGGGCCGUGGCGAUGGGGGUUGUGGGAACGGAGGUCGUGGAUACAGAUGA